AUGUCCUCAACUAACCAGACCUACGUGACUGGAUUCAUUUUGGUUGGUUUUCCAGGUAGACCAGUGAUCCAGCUUCUGAUCUUUUUGGUAUUCUUCCUGGCUUAUGUGCUGACGGUAACAGAAAAUGUAAUGAUUGUUGUGCUUGUCUGGACAAAUAUCCAGCUUCACAAGCCAAUGUAUGUUUUUCUGGGCAACCUUUCCUUUCUGGAGAUCUGGUAUGUCUCUGUCACAGUGCCCAAGGUGCUUGUGAGCUUGGUGGUUAAGAGCCAAGGCAUCUCCUUCACAGGCUGCAUGGCCCAGCUGUUCUUCCUGGCACUGGCCUGCACAGAGUGCACUCUCUUGGCUGCCUUCGCCUAUGAUCGCUACGUGGCUGUCUGCAAGCCCUUGCAUUACCCAAUAAUCAUGAACUGCACUCUUUGUGCCCACCUGUCUAUUGGCUCCUGGGUAAGCGGCUUCCUGAUUUCUGCAGGGAAGGUUUACUUCAUUUCACAUCAGACCUACUGCGGGCCCAAUAUCAUCAACCACUUCUUCUGUGAUGUGUCCCCCUUGCUGAAGCUCGCCUGCACCAACGCAUCACUAGCUGAGCUCAUGGAUUUCUUACUAGCCCUGCUCAUCCUCCUGGCACCGCUCACUGUGAUUGUGGCCUCAUACGUGUGCAUCAUCUCUGCUGUCCUGGCUAUUCCCACGGCCCAGGGCCGCCACAAGGCCUUUUCCACCUGUGCAUCUCAUCUUCUAGUGGUCACGGUGUUCUACACAGCCUCCUUGUUCAUCUACGCCAGGCCCCAGCCUAUUGAUUCCUUCAGCUCCAACAAACUGGUUUCUGUGAUAUACACUGUCUUAACACCGCACAUCAACCCAAUCAUCUACUGUCUGAGGAAUCAGGAAUUCAAGAUUGCUCUUAGGAAAACAACAUGCUGGAGGGAUAUCUUCUCCUAG